UUGAUGCCCACGGUCGCGUAACGGGCCUUAAGUAGGACCACCGAGCUGGGCGCUAGCACAUUCCCCCCUGACAUCUGACAUCCCGAGAUGGUGUACCAGUGGUUGAUUGCUGCCUUGCUGCUGUGCGGCCCGGCUGGGCUUUGGGCUCAGGAUGCCUCAAUGGACCAGCAGGUAGCGUUCUCAGUGGCCCUGAAAUCCAACGACGAGGUGGCCGACGACCAUGGCCCCUUCAACACAGAAACCACCCUGGUGUUCAAGAGAGUGGUCACCAAUGUGGGGAAAGGCUAUGAUGACAACACAGGCAUCUUCACUGCCCCCGUCAAAGGUCUCUACUUCGUCACCUUCACUGGCGCCGCCGGGUCGGAGGGGGGCAUGAACGCGGCGGUGAUAAAGGACGGCGUCAACAUGUUCGCCAUCGCCGACAACAAGAACAAGUUCAGCAGCGCCACCAACAGCAUGGCGCUGCAACUAAAUGCAGGGGACAAGCUGUGGGUCACCUUGUGGGCCAACCAGAGGAUCUUUGACCAGAGCCGACUCACCACCUUCAGCGGUUUCCUCAUCAGCCCACUCCCCUAACGUCACCUGAGGCUGACAGGAGCUCUUCUUCAAACAAGACAAGCACAACAAAAAAUAAAGACAUGCAAUCUGAAACAAA